AUCUACUUCGCAAUUCCUCAUUGGAAAGCACUAAUUAUACAGGGCUUUGUAUUCUAGGUUCCAGUGGCUGAAUUGGACUGAAGAGUUUGUUUAGAUGCUCUCUCUGAGGGAUUAGCAUACUGCAGUGGUCAAAUGCCAACAGAACCUCUCCCUCCUUCCCCUCCCGUCCCCGUCCCCAUCCCCAUCGCAAGCCCCCUUUCCCACCCCACCUCCCAGGAGAAGCAUUUCUGCCGAAGUCAAUUGGUGUGUGCAGUUUUUUCUUGUGAGAGGAUUAGGGAAUAGCAGAGUGGCUUUGUGAGGGAAAAAAAAUCAAGGGAGAGGUUGCUGAGGAGCAACUAAACAGAGGGGCACGAAAGCCUUCAGCCUUUCAUACUUUCCUCAGUCAAUUCAUUCUGCCCGACCCAGUUGCAUGUGAUAAAGCAGCUGGGAGGGUUUUGUUUUCUUUUCAUCUACAUACUGUAGGAGAAGCUGGUAAGGUUAUUAUUAUUAUUAUUUUUUCUGUUCUAACGCUCGGUGAUGCUACUGUAAUUGCUUUAUAGGAGUGAUUGUGUCUAGAGGAAGGGAAGUUGCUUAAUGAUUCUGGCGACACCCUGCUUUGUCCCUCCUUUGUGAAGCUUGCGCUAGAAGCUCUGUUUACAGUAGAAAAAGCUUCUUUCUGGAGAGAAAAAUAACAAGGGCCAAACUUUGUGCUUUGCUUUUCUCAAAGUUGAUUUAAACCCCACUUUCGGAUUUUAAUAAAACCCACCCACACACCAAACUAGAUCUACACCAGCUAGCAUUUAGCUUAAGGACAAUCGCAUUCUUUUAGAGCCUUUAUUCCAACAUUUUGUUCCUCUCAGAUUGUUUAGAAGGAGGAGUGGGGGUUGGGGGGACAAUGAGGGCCAGCCGGGAGAGGGGGUGCAGUUCUUGCUUCCCUGGAAAAUAUCCAUGUGAAUUUCCUUUGAGAAUUUCUUUUUCUCAUCACACUUUUCACCUGCUUUAUAACUAGCUCUGCUUCAGCCAAAGCCAUGGUGAGCCAGCCAAUAGACCCAAGGGUAAUUCUAAGAAAGUAGGAAAUAAAUGAAAGGGCUUGAUUGAACCGGUUGAAAAACUGAAAUCUGAUCUAGCUGUAAAGAAUUCCAGGUUUUAUAUCUGACACCGGCUGUUGGUAAUAAUUGGAAGGAAGAAAUGAGGAGGCUGCCCUAGAAUCAGAAAGUACAGAUAGCUGAUCAGCUUCCCUGGAUUUCGCUGACGACACAGGAAAGCUUUGCUUGAAGAUGGAAACAUUGGAGUCGGAACUGACCUGCCCUAUCUGUCUGGAGCUGUUUGAAGACCCACUCCUGCUGCCCUGUGCCCACAGCCUCUGUUUCAACUGUGCCCACCGUAUCCUGGUCUCCCACUGCGCCACCAACGAAUCCGUGGAAUCCAUUACUGCCUUCCAGUGCCCUACUUGUCGUUAUGUCAUCACCCUCAGCCAGCGAGGUCUAGAGGGACUCAAGCGUAACGUCACCCUGCAAAACAUCAUCGACAGGUUUCAGAAGGCUUCUGUGAGCGGGCCCAAUUCUCCCAGCGAGACCCGCCGAGAGCGAGCCUUCGAUAGCAACACCAUGACCUCCAGCGAGAAAGUUCUCUGCCAGUUCUGUGACCAGGAUCCUGCCCAGGAUGCUGUGAAAACCUGUGUCACUUGUGAAGUGUCCUACUGUGAGGAGUGCCUGAAAGCAACUCACCCAAAUAAGAAGCCCUUCACGGGCCACCGUCUCAUCGAGCCCAUUCCAGAUUCUCACAUUAGAGGACUGAUGUGCCUAGAGCAUGAGGAUGAGAAGGUGAAUAUGUACUGUGUGACAGAUGACCAACUAAUCUGUGCCUUAUGUAAACUGGUUGGGCGACACCGAGAUCACCAGGUGGCAGCUUUGAGUGAGCGCUAUGACAAGUUGAAGCAAAACUUAGAGAGCAACCUCACCAACCUUAUUAAGAGGAAUACUGAACUGGAAACACUUUUGGCUAAACUCAUUCAAACUUGUCAGCAUGUUGAGGUCAAUGCAUCACGACAAGAAACCAAACUGAUGGAGGAAUGUGACCUGCUCAUUGAAAUCAUCCAACAGAGACGCCAAAUUAUUGGAACCAAAAUCAAAGAAGGAAAGGUGGUGAGACUUCGAAAACUGGCCCAGCAAAUUGCAAACUGCAAGCAGUGCAUUGAGCGCUCUACAUCACUUAUCUCCCAAGCCGAACAGUCCCUGAAGGAGAACGAUCAUGCCCGAUUCUUACAGACAGCUAAAAAUAUCACUGAAAGGGUCUCCAUGGCAACUGCAUCCUCCCAGGUUCUAAUUCCUGAAAUUAACCUCAAUGACACUUUUGAUACCUUUGCGUUAGAUUUUUCCAGAGAGAAGAAAUUACUAGAAUGUCUGGAUUACCUUACAGCUCCCAACUCUCCAACAAUUAGAGAAGAGCUCUGUACGGCCUCGUACGACACCAUCACUGUGCACUGGACCUCCGAUGAUGAGUUUAGUGUGGUUUCAUAUGAGCUUCAGUAUACUAUCUUUACUGGACAAGCUAAUGUUGUUAGUUUGUGUAACUCCGCCGACAGCUGGAUGAUUGUCCCUAACAUCAAACAAAACCACUACACAGUUCAUGGGCUCCAGAGCGGCACCAAGUACAUCUUCAUUGUCAAAGCCAUUAAUCAGGCUGGCAGUCGGAACAGUGAGCCCGGCAAAUUGAAGACAAACAGCCAGCCAUUUAAAUUGGACCCCAAAUCUGCCCACCGGAAACUAAAGGUGUCCCAUGACAACUUGACUGUAGAACGCGAUGAAACAUCAUCCAAAAAGAGUCACACACCUGAGCGCUUCACCAGCCAAGGGAGCUAUGGCGUAGCAGGCAAUGUGUUCAUUGACAGUGGCCGCCAUUACUGGGAAGUGGUCAUAAGUGGAAGUACAUGGUAUGCAAUUGGUCUUGCUUAUAAGUCAGCCCCAAAGCAUGAAUGGAUUGGGAAGAAUUCUGCUUCUUGGGUACUCUGCCGCUGUAAUAAUAAUUGGGUGGUGAGACAUAAUAGCAAGGAAAUUCCCAUCGAACCAGCACCCCACCUCCGACGUGUAGGCAUUUUGCUAGACUAUGAUAAUGGCUCCAUUGCCUUUUAUGAUGCUUUGAACUCCCUUCACCUUUAUACCUUUGACAUUACAUUUGCACAGCCAGUGUGCCCUACCUUCACUGUGUGGAACAAAUGUUUGACAAUUAUAACAGGCCUUCCCAUCCCAGAUCACUUGGACUGCCUUGAGCAGCUACCUUGAUUUUUGAAACUUGGAUGGACCAGAUAUAAUACAGAAAAUUCAGAAGAUUGACGGCGAACGUGCAGUAUACAAGAGCCUGCCAUAGUCUCUUCAACUGUGUGCCGUAAAAAUUGUCCAUAAAUUGGCUGAGACGGGGCUGGAAAUGAGUCUCCCUCUACUUUAACUGUGUGUUUUGUAUUAAAGUGCAGGAAAUGGCUUUAAUAAUUUCUUGGAACAUUUUUUGUAUUUACGGGAAGAUUUAUAGAUUAUUUAUAAAAGAAACAUGAUCUGGAUUACAACUCUUAGGAAUUAUUUGGUUUUGCACAUUAAGAGGGCCCAUUUACUAACAUUUACCAGCUCUUUACACACUUAUUUCAUCACAGUGCAUGGGCUCAAAAGAAAAAAAAGUUUUGUAAGUUUUUAUCCACCUUCUCGCUCUAUAAAAAUACAUACUCACCCCAUGCAAGGUCCUGUCAUCUCAACAUUGCAUAUAAGAAUGUGCAACUAAAAGUAAAAAUACUCUAGAGCCAAGUUAAGAAGUAAAAAAAGAAGAUGGAGGUCCUUCUUGCUAUGCUUUUUUAAAUGGGUAGCACAUUUCCAUUUCUAAGGAGGGGAAAUUACAAUGUUUUAACUGUGAACUAAAAGGCCAAGGCACUAGUGGUAAUGGAAUUAGAUGGCUAAUUCUAAGUGUCUCAAUUUGUCAUAAUGAAUUGUCAAUAGAUUUGCAUCCAAGUGGAAGCAAUUGUUUUUGAAACUCCCCAGACAUGCCAUCCAUCCCCUUCCUGCCUACAAUUUCUCUCAAAAAGAAUGCCAUUUUGGGAAUUUUUCUUUUUGGGGAAUUCUGGGUGAGCAGAUUAUUAUAUUAGGCCUUAGAAGAGCAGUCUCAAAACCAUACCAGCUACAUAAAAUCAAGAGUAAUUUGAGUUAGAUCAAGAAUUGCAUUUUCAUUUUCUAUAAAUAUUACAAUGAAAUCUUUCUCAUCUUGAGUUUUAAUGGCUUACCAUGGGUCCAUAAAGCAUUUCCCCUCACAUUUUAUAGUGCUUUCUUAGUCUCUUGAGAAAAGAAAAUGAACACAUUCUAUAGCAAAUGGAAAUAGCAAUUUGGACAGCUUUUGACUUUGAGAGAUGUGAGUACAUAAUGCGGAUUCGAAACAUCAAGUACAGUGAAGUGCACCCAAAGGAUACAUUAGGAAAUUAUGAUGAUGAUAAUGGUUAUAUAAGGUACUAUCCACUCUAACACAUACCCCAAAGUAUGGUAGAAGUGGGCUUUAUGACACCACCCCUCUCUUAUAAAUGAAAUAAAAAAACUAAAAGCUCAUUAUUCUUAGGAGCUGCCGUAUAAUUUGAAAAGAAAGAAAUCAAGCUUGUUACUCACACACUUGGUGUAAAAUGACCAACCCCAUCAUUAUUGUUGUUUGUUUUUGACACUCUGGAAUGAGUCACUUAAUCUUCUCUCAAGUUCCUCUAAAAUAGGAGAGAGAUCCAACACUGGCAUCACUUAGAUUCAGUCCUUCUCUGAAAAAAGGGAGAUGACCUCUUUAAAUUUCUCCUGUCUCUGAGAUGCACGUUGUGUCUACUCCAGAUUCCUGGCUAAUAUUUUCUCCAGAACUGACCAAGAAGUUCAGAUUUUAAUAGUUUCUUUUUCCACUGAACUGAUCAAUUAUUUUACUGAACCAAAAUCAGCCAGUUGUAUUUGCUUCAUGAAGGCAAGAUGCCCAUUUGAAUCUAUUUGUUUUUGAAUCAGGCUCACAAGGCUAUGUCAUUUCAUCUUCUUCUGUCUCUAUUACUGGCACACCCUCUCCUUUUCUUAACAAAAAGGUUCUAUAUAUUUACUAUAAGAUUUAUACCUAAAGGAUUAUUUUACUAGAUAAUGGAAAAUAAUGACUUUUAACAGACUGUUUUCUGAAGAAAAAAUAAUAAGGGUUUUUUUUCCUCAUAAUAAACAAUGUGAAUUUUCUUUCACUGAAUAAAUUGAAAGGUCGCCUCUGUAAUUUUUAAUGUUGCUUUGGGAAUUCAAUAUUAAAGGAUAUUUUGAUGCACUUUGUUCACCAAAAGGCUCAAAAUAAAAGGGCCUCCAGCUCAGCUUCUGAGUUUCUAAAUGCUCAGUAUUCUGGUACUAUGAUAAGCUUUCUAGUUUGCCUUAUGAUGCCAAUUCUAAAGAAUAAUGAUGUUUCCAUACAGAGAGUUGUUUUCCAACAUUAAAAAAAUCUGUUUAAAUCUCUACUUUAGCAGUUUUUAGUAUGUUCUGGCUAUUUUUGUAUAAUAAGAGAGGUUGAGUACAAGUUGGUCAUGGAAACACCAAUGUUUCCAUCAUGGAAACCUUGUGGCCAAGAAAUGAGUCAGCAACAAUUUCAGAGUUGAUAUACUUAAAGGAAAAACAUGUAUCUACUCUAUUGCUACCAUGUUUCUUUUAAUGACUAUAAAAUAUAGAAAGAAAUUCCACCAGGAUUUUUUUUGAAAGCCAAAAAAGGCCUAUUCUAUAAACAUGCUACAGUACAGAGCAGUGUGCUUUGUUGAGAUGACUGAACCACAGCCUGGACAGUCCUCAAAUCACAGGGAAAUAAUAUCAAUGAAGAGACAUGGGAAAAAGGAAGGCGGGUCCAAGACAAGUAACACCAAUGAAGCAGAAAUGACACAGUCCCAAGAGCGAAGGUGACUGCAACAUGCGCUUCUCCCUGGUGGAUGAAUAGGGAAAUAAAGCUAGAAGUGCAGAUGAAAGACUGGUGGUACCAUACAACAGAAUCCAAUUGGGUUCGAAUGAAAACCUGAUGAUAUCUAUUUGGGGGGAGGGGGGGGCUCUGGUCCCUUUAAAAAAAGUCACCUCCAAUAGAGACAUCAACUACAAGUAUUGACAAUGGUUUCAGCUGGGAAAGAGAAAAAGACACGCUAUCUCCAAGUCUCAUUAUGGUGUUGCUCUUUGAACUUCAUAGUCAAGCCAUGUUGCUUAAAUGAGCUUUUAAUCCAAUACAUUCUCGGUGUAUAUAUGUAUGUGCCUAUAUGUGUGCAUGUAUAGACACAGACACACGUGUAUAUGCACACAUAAGUAUGGAUUUGUUGUUGAAAAUUUCAGUAUUUGGCCUUUCCCUUACAACUUGUUUAUGUAUGAAUUAGCUGAGAGGGCAAUGAUGGAAGAAAGGAAAAGUUAUUUACAUGCUCUAUUUUUUUUUUCUUAAACAAAGGUCGGUUUAUUUUACAGGAUUUCAUUCAAUACAAUAAAAGCAUCAUUUUAAAA